AUGUCAGAUUCACACAUUUGGAGUUUAUUAAAGAUGUCAGAGCUUAAAUAUGGGUUGAAAACUGAAAAAUUCCUCACACUUGGACAUAUCAAAAAGUACAAACUACAUAGGAUUUCAUGGAUUAGUCCGAACCCAGGAAUCCGGAAUCCGGAAUCUGCACCCAGGAACCCGGAAUCCGGACCAAAGAAUCCGAAAUCCGAACCCGGAAAUCCGGAAUCCGGGCCCAGGAAUCCGGAAUCCCAACUCGGGAAUCCGGAAUCCGGACCCAGGAAUCCGGAAUCCCAACUCGGGAACCCGGAAUUCGGACCCGGGAAUCCGGAAUCUGAACCCGGGAAUCCGGAAUCCGGACCCAGAAUUCCGGAUCCAGAUCCCUUCUCCGGUCCCCUCUCGGAAGCUCCGAGAAGGGAGUACUGA